UCCUCUCCCAGAAGGGCGGAACAUGGCCACACGCUAACUGUAAGCUGUCACAACACAGAAACUAAAAGAUAAUUUCCACCCUUUCCUUCGCUUUCACCGUCUCUCCUCCAUGCUGCUGCUGUGCCGGGUAUCGGCCGCGGGCCGCACGCUGAGGAGGUGGGGGUCCCAGCGGGACGGAGGCGGCCUCCUCCACCGGGCUCUCUCCUUCAGCUCCGGUCGCUGUCAAGGUGCAGGCCCGGGAGAAGGCGGCGCGCAGCCCGCAGAGGACUCCGCUCAGGCUCGGUACCGGGACACGGUGCUUCUCCCCCGAACGGACUUCCCCAUGAAACUGACCGGGCAGAAGCUUCUGGACCGGGAGCUCCAGAUACAGCAGGAGUGUGGCUUUGCAGAUCUGUACUCGUGGCAGAGAGCGAGAAAGGCCAAGAAAGAGUUCUGCCUCCACGAUGGACCCCCGUAUGCCAACGGAGACCCUCAUGUUGGACACGCUCUGAAUAAGAUCCUGAAGGACAUCCGUAACCGUUUCGAGAUGCUGCGGGGCCGGCAGGUCCACUACAUUCCGGGCUGGGACUGCCACGGCCUGCCCAUCGAGCUGAAGGCUCUGGGAGAGCUGGGGACCAGCGGGCUGAGUCCGCUGCAGAUCAGGCAGAAAGCGCGGGAGUUCGCGGUGGGGGCGAUCGCUCGGCAGAAGGCCGCCUUCCAGCGCUGGGGCGUGAUGGCCGAUUGGGACAAGUGCUACUACACGUUUGACGGCGCCUAUGAGGCUGCACAGCUGAAAGUCUUCCAGGAGAUGCACAGCAAGGGGUUCAUAUAUCAGGACUACAAGCCGGUGUUCUGGUCUCCUUCGUCAAGGACCGCCCUGGCAGAAGCAGAGCUGGAAUAUAAUCCCGAACACGUGAGCAGAGCCAUAUACGCCACAUUCCCGCUGGUCACGCUGCCGCCGGACAUCGCCUCAGAAGAAGGUCUGGAAGGCGUUUCCGUGUUGGUGUGGACCACGCAGCCCUGGACUAUACCUGCCAACCAGGCUGUCUGCUACAUGCCCAACGCCAAGUACUCUGUGGUGAAGCGGGAAGACAAUUCUCAGCUGCUGCUGGUGGCGGCUGAGCGCACAGCCAGCCUGUCAGCCCUGCUGGGCACCGAGCUGCAGAUCGUGGCCACCUUCACAGGCUCCCAGCUCCAAGGCGGCGUCUGCAAACAUCCCACAAUCCCUGAGAAGCAGGUCCCUCUGCUGCCGGCCAAUCACGUCACCAUGGCAAAAGGGACAGGGCUGGUCCACACGGCGCCGGCUCACGGCAUGGACGACUACAGCGUGGCGUCGCACUUCAAACUCUCUGUGGAGUGUAUGGUGGAUGAGGAUGGUAAAUUCACCGAGAUGGCUGGACCUGACCUGCAGGACCUGGCUGUCAUGACAGAAGGGACGGAUAAAGUGAUUUCCAUGCUGAAGGCGUGCGGAGCUCUCAUCAAGGAGGAGCAGUGUGUCCACAGCUACCCGUACGACUGGCGCACCAAGCAGCCGGUGGUGAUCCGGCCCAGCAAGCAGUGGUUCAUCAACACAGAGUCGCUCAAAGACAAAGCAAAGGACGCGCUGCAGAAGGUCCGUGUUUUGCCAGAAUCGGCGAGGGGCGGCCUGCUCGCCAUGCUGGACAAACGGACCUACUGGUGCAUCUCCAGACAGCGGAGCUGGGGAGUCCCCAUCCCAGUGUUCUACCACAAAGAGACCGGAGACGCUCUCAUCAACAAGUACACCAUGUCCCACAUCGCCAAGCUGUUCAAGGAGAAGGGCAGCGACUGCUGGUGGGAGCUUCCCAUUGAGACCCUGCUGCCCCCAGAGGUCCUGAAGAAGAGCAAAGCAGGUCCGGUCAGUGAGUAUCUGCGUGGAGAGGACGUCCUCGACAUCUGGUUCGACAGCGGAGCAUCAUGGGCCGCCGUGCUCGAAGAGGAGACUGAGGAUGACUCGCUUGAGGAGCCUGAGUCGCUCCUCAGCUGGCUCCCUGUGCAGCUGCGCCCUCCUCUGGCCACAGAGUCGGACCCCCGGGCCGACGCCUACGUGGAAGGGAAGGAUCAGAUCGGAGGCUGGUUUCAGUCGUCGCUGCUCACCAGCGUCGCCGUCAGGAAAAAGGCGCCUUACAAGUCCCUGGUGGUCCACGGCUUCGCAGUCAGUGAGAAGGGAGAAAAGAUGUCCAAGUCUCUGGGAAACGUGGUGGAUCCAGAUGUGGUCAUCAACGGAGGGAAGGACUCUGGCACGCCGGCGUACGGAGCCGACGUUCUUCGAUGGUGGGUGGCCGAAUCCAACGUCUUCUCCGAGGUCCAAAUCGGGCCCAACGCGCUCAACUCGGCCCGAGACAGCAUCAACAAGCUGAGGAACACUCUGAAGUUCCUGCUGGGCAACCUGCAAGGCUUCGAUCCCCGCGUUCAAGCCGUGGACGCCAAGGAGAUGUACUACAUCGACCAGUACAUGCUGCACUUGCUACACGAGUACAGCAUGAAGGCCACGGACGCCUACGGCGAGUUCGAUGCCGGCAGAGUGAUCCGCCUCCUCCAGGCCUUCAUCACUCGUGACCUCUCCAGCUUCUACUUCAGCGUCAUCAAAGACAGGCUGUACUGUGAGCCGGAGGACUCGCUGGGCAGGAGGUCCUGUCAGACCGUCUUAGAAGAACUCCUGGACGGCGUGACCAGAUCCAUCGCUCCCAUCCUGCCUCAUCUGGCCGAAGAAGUGUACCUGCACGCGCCGGGACAUGAGCGAGACGAAACGUUGUUCAAAAGCGGCUGGAUUAAAAGCGUGUCGGUGUGGCGACGGCCGGGAUUAGAGGAGGCCAUGGAGGGAGCCUGCGCCAUCAGAGACUCCUUCCUGUCCACCAUCCCGGGGAAAAACGCCGCCCAGUACGACGUCACCGUCGUCAUCGAGCCGAGCCUUCUGUUCGAGCUCAUGGAGUCCCUGCAGGAGGAGCCGUCCUCCACCUCCUCCCAGCUGGCCGAGCUGAUGAUGGCCGCCCGGGUCAACCUGACGAGCGAGAUGCCCCGCGACCUGCCGCCGGACGCCCUGCUCAGCCACGGCACCUUCCUCAUCAACCUGGAGGGCGGUGUGAUCAGAGAGGACAGCGCCUACAGCAUCGCGGUGGCGCCCACCUCUGCCGCCCGCUGCCCUCGAUGCCGCCGCUACACCGCCCAGUCUGCAGACUGCCUGUGCCCGCGCUGCCAGACCAUCGUUUCACAGGCUCAGUGAUGGGCCACGCCCCCCCGUCUCCAUGGCAACCAGCCAGCAUCGGCAGCAUCAAACACUGGCCAAAGAAGAUUUGAACACUCCCGGUUGAGACUGAAAACUGGUCCGAUUCUGACUAAUGGAGGCAAAGUGAAGGCACUGGAGGAGAACAACCAAACGUUUGAACUUUAAAACGUCCUAUUUGUUUACUGUACAUAUAUAUAUAUAAAGAGUGAGGUAUCUGUGUUGAAGGGAUGAUGUUAAUGUGUCACUAUGUGACCUUAUAUUUCCCAAGAGAGUGUUUGUACUUCUGUACAUCUGAUGAAUCCUGUUCGGAGGAGGCAGUCGCAGAGUGAAUAAAAAACCUGGAGCUUU